GCGGCUGCGACUCGGCGCUUUGAGCCGGAACCGCCGGUGAACUUGGCCGCCACGUUCCCGGUGACUGACCCCGGAGGAUGGUGAACGCGAACUACUGCUGACCCCGUCUUCGCCGCUGCUUCUCGGGGGCUGUCAAGCGCGGGGCCCCGUCUCCUCCCCUUGCCCGGCUGUGGGUGAACCUGCAGGCUCCUUACCCACCCCGAGGACUUUUUUUUGGAAGGAAACGAGGGAGGGAGGGAGAGGGAGAAAGGGAGAAAACGAAGGGGAGCUCGUCCAUCCAUUGAAGCACAGUUCACUAUGAUCUUACUCACAUUCAGCACUGGAAGACGGUUGGAUUUCGUGCAUCAUUCGGGGGUGUUUUUCUUGCAAUCCUUGCUUUGGAUUUUAUGUGCUACAGUCUGCGGAACGGAGCAGUAUUUCAAUGUGGAGGUUUGGUUACAAAAGUACGGCUACCUUCCACCGACUGACCCCAGAAUGUCAGUGCUGCGCUCUGCAGAGACCAUGCAGUCCGCCCUAGCUGCCAUGCAGCAGUUCUAUGGCAUUAACAUGACAGGAAAAGUGGACAGAAACACAAUUGACUGGAUGAAGAAGCCCCGAUGUGGUGUACCUGACCAGACAAGAGGUAGCUCCAAAUUUCAUAUUCGUCGAAAGCGAUAUGCAUUAACAGGACAGAAGUGGCAGCACAAGCACAUCACUUACAGUAUAAAGAACGUAACUCCAAAAGUAGGAGACCCUGAGACUCGUAAAGCUAUUCGCCGUGCCUUUGAUGUGUGGCAGAAUGUAACUCCUCUGACAUUUGAAGAAGUUCCCUACAGUGAAUUAGAAAAUGGCAAACGAGAUGUGGAUAUAACCAUUAUUUUUGCAUCUGGUUUCCAUGGGGACAGUUCUCCCUUUGAUGGAGAGGGAGGAUUUUUGGCACAUGCCUACUUCCCUGGACCAGGAAUUGGUGGAGAUACCCACUUUGACUCAGAUGAGCCAUGGACGCUAGGAAAUCCUAAUCAUGAUGGAAAUGACUUAUUUCUUGUAGCAGUUCAUGAACUGGGACAUGCUCUGGGUUUGGAGCAUUCGAAUGAUCCCACUGCCAUCAUGGCUCCAUUUUACCAGUACAUGGAAACGGACAACUUCAAACUACCUAAUGAUGAUUUGCAGGGCAUCCAGAAGAUAUAUGGUCCACCUGACAAGAUUCCUCCACCUACAAGACCUCUACCGACAGUGCCCCCACACCGCUCUAUUCCUCCGGCUGACCCAAGGAAAAAUGACAGGCCAAAACCUCCUCGGCCUCCCACUGGCAGACCCUCCUAUCCUGGAGCCAAACCCAACAUCUGUGAUGGGAACUUUAACACUCUAGCUAUUCUUCGCCGUGAGAUGUUUGUGUUCAAGGACCAGUGGUUUUGGCGAGUGAGAAACAACAGGGUGAUGGAUGGAUACCCAAUGCAAAUUACUUACUUCUGGAGGGGCUUGCCUCCUAGUAUCGAUGCAGUUUAUGAAAAUAGCGACGGGAAUUUUGUGUUCUUUAAAGGUAACAAAUAUUGGGUAUUCAAGGACACAACUCUUCAACCUGGUUACCCUCAUGACUUGAUAACCCUUGGAAGUGGAAUUCCCCCUCAUGGUAUUGAUUCAGCCAUUUGGUGGGAGGACGUUGGGAAAACCUAUUUCUUCAAGGGAGACAGAUAUUGGAGAUACAGUGAAGAAAUGAAAACAAUGGACCCUGGCUAUCCCAAGCCAAUCACAGUCUGGAAAGGAAUCCCUGAGUCUCCUCAGGGAGCAUUUGUACACAAAGAAAAUGGCUUUACAUAUUUCUACAAAGGAAAGGAGUAUUGGAAAUUCAACAAUCAGAUACUCAAGGUAGAACCUGGAUAUCCAAGAUCCAUCCUCAAGGAUUUUAUGGGCUGUGAUGGACCAACAGACAGAGUUAAAGAAGGACACAGCCCACCAGAUGAUGUAGACAUUGUCAUCAAACUGGACAACACAGCCAGCACUGUGAAAGCCAUAGCUAUUGUCAUUCCCUGCAUCUUGGCCUUAUGCCUCCUUGUAUUGGUUUACACUGUGUUCCAGUUCAAGAGGAAAGGAACACCCCGCCACAUACUGUACUGUAAACGCUCUAUGCAAGAGUGGGUGUGAUGUAGGGUUUUUUCUUCUUUCUUUCUUUUCCAGGAGUUUGUGGUAACUUGAGAUUCAAGACAAGAGCUGUUAUGCUGUUUCCUAGCUAGGAGCAGGCUUGUGGCAGCCUGAUUCGGGGCUGACCUUUCAAACCCAGAGGGUUGCUGGUCCUGCACAUGAGUGGAAAUACACUCAUGGGGAAGCUUCCAUGAUGCACAGUAUCUGCUGUUCUUCAGUCCUUUGUCUUUCUUUGUCAUUCAGUUCUAGGCCUUUCCUCUGCACGCUCAAUGCCCAGUAAAAUUUCAGGAUUAACUAAAGAAGAGGAAAAAAAGAAGAAAAGAUUCUUCUUAAAAAUUUCUAAUAUUAUUUUUCCUUCUGAAGUCUGAGCCCAUUUCUGGGGGGACUAUAAAAAAGCAAAUCAAAAAACCCACGAUUUUUUUUUUUUUGCUUUAAAACAAAGGGAAAAAAGAGUUUAAACAAAAACCCCACAAUUGAACUUCCAGGAAAGUGUGAAGACCCAAAACAGCUUUGUCUCCAAAGAAGAUAGCUCUCUGACUGCUUUGGAUAGUCUCCUACGCACCAUUUUGUCAGGUGGGAGAUUUGGAAUACAUAUGCAGGACGUUAGACUGUUGGGACAGCCAUUUUCCAACAACCAAGGGGCCAAAAUAUCUGCAAUAUAGUAACAGCCUUAAUAAUACAUCCAUUUUUCGUUUUAUACAGCUGUUCUCAGCUAUGUCCUCAAUGUUUCAUCACAUUUAUAUCCAUAACUAUUUUCAAACAUGACCUUUUAAUUGUUUUUGAAGUAUUUCUAAACCUCUUCUUUCCACCUUACGCCUCCAUCAUUGUGAUAAUCUUCCCAAAUUGUAUUAGGCCAUUGCCCCAGGCCUUCCAUGGGUCUGUCAGGAAUAUUCAUGACAAAGCAGAUCAAGAAGCAGUAUGUCUCUGAAGUGGAUUACUGUGACAGUAACUUUACAAGGAUUUGUGACACUAGUAAUAUACCUGUGUGACCCUUUGAGAACUAUCAGACCAGCUUUCAGAGUCUUAGGAUUGUUGGUCUUGUGAACUGAUAAAUUAUAGAACUGGGCAAUGGUAAAAACAGUCACAGGUUCAAGAAGUUCAGGUUUUUAAAACAGAUAUCCUAUAAUGUCAUGUAAUUUUUAAAUGAUUUACACAACUACAUAAAUGCAUUUAUAACAAACAGAAAUGAUGCUACUUGCCAAAUUUUUUCUGGCAAAUAAAAAAGGUAUUUUAUUAAGAAUCUCAUAAGACUGAAAUUUUAUUUGAAAAACUGGUAACAGCCUAACUCUUCUUCUUCUUUUUUUUUUUUUUUUUUUUUUUUUUUAGGCAUACUGAAUUUCUGUUUUAAAAUCCAUUGCAUGAAAAUUCAAUUUGCCUUGGUAUAUGCAGUUAGCAUUGCCAUUUUAAAAAUGAAUUAAAAUGAUGACUCUGAAGUUGCAUGAAUAUCUUCCAGUGCAUUACCUAUUGCAUGUCCACCAUAGUUCUCAAAGGGUUAGUGUGGCUUCUGGCAUUUAGCCAUCCAUUUGAUCACUGACAGAGCCAAGAGACCACCAAAGCAUUUCAUUGUUGAGUGUAAUUUGUCCUAACAGCAGUAUUGUCAUUUUCAUGUGACCUGCAGAGCAGGUUUGUAUCAAUAUUUUUUUCCUAGAGAAAAGUCAGCAACUGACAGACCUCUUUAUUGAUUUUUAGGAGCUGCUUCUUGCAGUGAAAGGCUUUACAGCCACUGGGCUGUGAACUUUAUUAGAGAUGGUCAGAAUGAAUGCACCCCAUGAGUCAGACAUUGGCUUUGUGUGAAAGCCAGCUUUGAGGGGAUUAGCUUUUGAAACAAUGAACAGCUUGCCUUGAACUUGAUUAUUGAUCUAUUGACUGUCAUUAACAACAACUUAAACAUUGUCUUCUGUGAAAAUUUUCCUUGAAGAGUCCUGUUCUUUGUCUUUGCCCUUUGACCUUUAACUUGCAAACUGGCACAAACUGAAGGAAAUCUGGUGUUGCUUCUCCAUUGGAUUAGUUGUUCUAUAAAACCUAGUAAGCAUGAGCUGUUUCCUUAGAGUGAAGAGAGUGUUGUUGGCAGAUCUGCAGAUGGACACUUUGCUCUUUACAUGCACACUCUGAAAAUGCCCUAUAGGUAGAAGUGAAUUUUAAUUUUAUUUUAAUAUAAUUUCAAGUCUAAAUUCAUCAUUUUAGUACAAAUUACAAAAACUAUAGAGAAAAAAAAAAAAACCUCAAAUACUUGAAUGGCCAGUGUGGCUUUUAUAUAAAGCAGGAAUUUUAUACUAGUAAAAAUUUCUUACUCAUUUGCUAAUAUAACACAUUUCCAGAUGAUUUUUAAUGAGUGUAGGUAUACAUUCUUAUUUGGAAAUGGAUAGUUUGGCUGCCUUGAAUUUAUAUUUAUACUCAACAUAGCAUGAAAAGUAGAAUGCCUUUUGGUUAAACUACAUGUUUAUGAUUUGGUUGGGGAAAAUAUUUUAUAAUUGUGGGUGGCAUGCUGCAAAGCCUUGCAGAUUGUUAUUUCUUACAACCUGAGCAUAUAUACUGUGAGGCUAAGAAAACAGAACAGCAGGAAAAGAAUGGCUUUACAGUGAAAUAUUAUACAAUGUAGACGAUAUUUUAAGAUGAUAUUGGAGAUUAAGUACGCAAGGGCCAAGAAAGCAAGAAAAGAAAACCAGAGUCAGCCCUGUAACUUUACUUCAGUGCUUCCAUUCUAGAUGAUGCUGAUAUUAUAAAGAGUUAGUCACUGCUGCUAAACAUGGAGGACUAUAUACAUAAGCUCGUUUAUACAGUGUUUGCUUGUGGGAGGGUUUAAUCCUUUUAGGGCCUUGAUGUCAAGAAAAAAAAUAACUGGAAACUAUAUUUUGCUAAAUAUAGAAAUGAGGAACUAUGUCAUUUUGGGACAUGUGCAAAUCAUUGAGAAACUCCAUCAACCUGCAUUGAAAAUUGAUUUUUUCCCUCUAAAAUGAGAAAGAAACUGAAUAAGCAAUCUAUUGCCUCUUCACUCAUUCAUCACAAUAUCCUGAUUCGUCAUAAGAUUAUAAGCAUAUAAGGGCUAGAAAAUAAUCAUAGCAUUAAGAAGGAAGGAGUCUAUCAUUAUGUUUGAAUUCUGGCAAAUGUCAUCAAUAAGGGUUGGGUAAUAUUUACUUGAAUAUGAUACAAGAUUUACAUGAUAAGCAAAGGCAUAUAUGGCUGCUUUUUUGACUAAAACAUUUCAGUUAUCAGGCUGUAUUAUUAUAAGAGAUAAGAAAACAAUAAGUAUAAUGUAAUCACAAACACUGGGGUUCCAUUUGUUUAUUGUACUGCAGGUACUUUGUGGGUAUGGUUCCUGACUCCUCUUCCACUUGGGGUUUGGGGGAAAAAGUCUCAAUCCAAAUGGAACAGUGAAAAGAAAAGUAACUGAUCUAGCACAUAAGAAUAGUGAUUCAAAAACCAAUGUGAAAUAAAUUUCCAUAGGUCAAUAAUACAAGAUGUCAGUUCAGUAUUCGUAGAGAUAUGCAAGGCAUCAAAUAUUUUUAUCACACCGUUACUAAUAACAUGAAAAGCUCAGACAUAGGAUUUCCCAAAUUGAAAUGAAAACACAUUCAUGCUUGCAAAAAUAAUUCUCCUUCUGCUUCAUUUCUCAUUACUUUAUCUAAUGUAAACACAAAUGUAAAGGUAAUGUUCUUAUAAAAUGACCAUAUAGUUAAGAAUUUUAGUAAAAUAUUGUUGCUCUGCAUAUUAUUAAACACAAUGAAGUAUUAAAAUAGCUGAUCAGUUUGAAUUUUCUGCAAAACAGUAAUUCCACCUCAGAAUUGUAGAUAAGGUUGUGAAUUUAUUGACUCAUUUCAGAACAGUGUCUGUUGACAUGGCAGUCAGAGCAGGUGAAUACAGACACUUUCUGAUUGCAAAGGUUAUAGAGAUAAAUUAGACAGCAUUAUGUGUUACUAGCAAAGACAACUUCUGUUAUAAAUCAGAGGGCAAGGCUUUUCUGAAUCAGAUGUAAUAAAUUACUAAGUAAUGAUUACCAAAAAAUAAUUACUAAGUAAUGAAGGAUAUAGACCGGCUUACUGAAAUAAGUAAGUGUUAUAUUUAAUAGAUUACCUAUAAUCUUUUUUUGUUAACAUAUAAUUUGGCCAUUUCAUAUACUAUAUGCCUAUUUUCAUUACAUCUCUGUGGGUGAUUAAAAAACGCAAUGUGGUGGAUAAGAACAUCGUCUAAAAUUCACUGCUAGUUCCAGUGCAUAGAUGAUGGUAUAUAUACUGGAUGAUAGAAGUAGUAAUAUUUGCAAGUUCUACAUAUUAUGGUGAUAUCUCUGGUGUGGUACAAAAGCACGCCCACACUUCAUGAAUCUUACAGUGGAAUAAAUAGUGUGUCAAUAUUAACUAAACUCAAAGUGCUAUCUGAAGAGGAAUGGAUAUUAUAAUCAAAUAGACUGAGUUAAACUGAGUCACAAAAAAUAUAUAUUUUUUAAGUUUUUGGAAUUAUUUCCAGAAACUAAUAAAGAGAAUUAUUUAGUGGUAGUGCCAAGUCUGUGAGAUUGUAGCAUAUACUGAAACAAUUUUCUGGAUGGUGGUAAGGUCUUUUUUAGCAAACACAGUAAAGAGCUUAUUUCAUUUCUGAUGCUUUCAAGGGCAUAUUCCAAAGUAUCACAGAUGUCAAAUAGAAUAUGCUAUCUAAACCAAAAAUGUAAAUUUCUGAUGACCUAUUACAGCAAUCUCAGCCAAUAUGUAAUAUCACAAAAUGUGUCAAGUCAAUCAUAUUAGAGGAUCUACUCAUUCAGAUGGAUUUCAUGCACCAUCAUGAUGUUGAUACAUUGUGACCACAGGAAAUAGAUGCCAGAAUGUAUAUAGCUAAGUUACAGGUUCCACUCUACCUGGGAGGGAAUCAUAAUUACAUCAGGAAAUGUUUAACAGUUAUGUCUUAAAAAUUAGAAUUUUAUGUAAUAAAGAAAGCAACCAGGAAUAGUACCACACCAUAAAUAUGAAAACUAAUUAUUAAUAAAUAUAAUAGAAAUGGAGGAGGGGGGAAAUGAGUCUUUUGUUAAAUAUAAAGACAAUCUAUAGCACUCCUUCAUAAUACAACUGGAAAUUUUACUUUAGCAAGCAUAAAAUACUGGAGAAAAAAUGCAACUUCAAGCUCUUCACACUACCGACGAUUAUGUGAUAUAUCGUUGUAUAUAUUUAGCCAGUGGUCAUUAGAUGUUACCAUGCUUAAACACAUCUGAUACUCAUGCAUUGCCUUACAGGCUAAAAAUCUAAGAGGUAGGUAUUCAGUAACCUCAGUUGGAAAGACAUAUAAUGUUAGAAUCCCCUGAAACAAGCCAUUUCCCUGAGAUAGAAAUUUACCUCAAUAAUCAUGUAACCUAAAACACUUGGCAUAGUAGCGAAGAAGUUGCCUUAGUGUUCUAGUCUCAUCUAAUUGUGACCUCUGUCUUUCAUGUACUUCUGAAAUCAUUUUCCAUUGGUGUGAUUUUGACACAAUUCUGAAAUAUUUCAGGUAAGAUUAAUAACAUCCAAUUACAAAUAUGUUUCAAUAUUUUAUACAUAUGUCUACUUUGAAAGUUCAACCAAUAGUAUAGAAAACUUAAGAAUGAACACUGAUUAGACAUAGUCACAGAAAUUAAAUGAAAAAUGAUAUUGUAAAACUCCUGUCAAAUUUCUAGUAGAAUACAGAAGUACGUAGCAGUCUUGAAUUUUAGACACAAUUAUGAGCUUAUAACUGAACGUGACAUGCAUCAUUUGUUAGAACAAUACUAAUUCUUUAUACUACAGUAAGGAUACAAGAUCACAGAAGCUUCGAGUUGUAACAAAGACUUCACAGGCAUUCAUAACUAAUGCUUUCUAAGGAAAAUGAGGGCAUAACCCAGAACUCGUGGUCAGUGCAUCGUGAGUAUAAAAGUUAUGUAUGAAAGGCAUUUAUUUAUAGAGAUUUCUGAGGAUUCUAUGCCUUUUCAACUUAAAUAUCAGUGUGUCUUAGAAUUUAUUUUAUAUAUCAUUGGACUAGGGGUAAUAUUCAAAUGUGCACUCAACAUGUCCUCACAUUAAAAGGCACAUUGAAUAGUAUAGGAAAAUACAUCAUAAACUAGAAUGUUGUGCAGAUUCAUAUAACUUUGCCAUGUGCUCUGCUAUGGAGCUGGAUGUAUAUGCCCUUAAGAAGGGAUAAUAAAUCAAUUAAAUAUAAAUAUGAAAAUGUACUUAUGUUGGGUAGCUUAGCUUCAUAGCAAAAUGUCAUUAACCUUUAUUUCACAGAGAAAAACUGAAAGAAAAGAAUGGCGAACAAGAAUACAAUGAUAAACUUGGCUUAUAGAGGUGUUUCUUGUGAAUUUUUUCCACUUGUUUUGAUCCAUGAAAAAAUACAGACAUUUCUGUAGUAUUUCGUCUGUGGGUAGGUUGGAUCCCAGGUAGAAUACUUUUUGACACAGGCCUUUUUAUACAUACUUUAUAUGUGAUAAAGCUUUGAUGAGAUGUGACUGCAUGGUAGGAUGCAUUUUCCUAGGAUAGGAUAUGGUGCUGCUUGUACUUGCCACCUUUUAUAUGAAUGUAUGUCGCUACAUUGGCCUGUCUUGCCAAGAUAUGGAUGAAUAAAGCCUGGUGUGAGCUGUC